GCAAGGAGAUCGGCGCGCCUCAGACAAGAUGAAAUGGCUGAACAAGGCGCAAUGACUCCAAACAAGAGACGUUGCACAGAGGCCCCUGUGCGUACUACAUCAAGCGGAAGCCUUGCAUUGAUAGAUCAGAAUGUUCAUCCGAGUCUUGCGGCCUCUUUCAGUAAUGAUGCAAAGCCAAAAGCAUCGUUCAUGACCGGUAUUAAUCCGAAUAACCCAGCCAGUCCUGGCACACCAUCUGGCAGCAUGGCAAGCUUGGUGAAGCCUGCAGCAACAUCUCUGUCUGGAGGGUUUUCUAGCUUCGCAGCAUCGAAAACGGGAGCUAGCAUUUUCGGUGGAACGGCCUUGAAACCAUCCGGUCUCUCACAUGACGCCAAAACUAAUACCGAUGGUAGCUCGUUCAAACUAGAGUCUAGGAAGCCGAGCAAUGCUGGUCACUCAGCGUUUGGGCACACUUUCGGGGUCAACCCUAAGGCUACUGGAGAGCCUACCAUGAGGCCUUCCCCUGCAGAUCCUGGCUCUUCGGAUAUUAAGCCUGAGACGGAGCCUCAAGACAAGUUGACACCGCCGAGCACCAAGAAUGUUGAUUGGUAGGACCGAUGUUACUUUUCUUUCCAUUAUGAUUAUUCUGCAGGAACGGAAGACAAUGCUCCAGGGAAUGGGGUGUUUGAUGUAGAACUGCCUGGAACAUGCGUGGCUGAAACUCCUUCGAUAGGCUGUGUGUGACUGUUGAUGCGCCCGAUCCAGUGACCGCCAUGCAUAUCUGCUUCUUGCCAACCUUUAAAGACUAUUCCCCCGAGGUCAGAGCAGCCAAAUGAUGUAUAUUGUGUACUUUGGAAGAUUUGUGAAGA